AUGGCUGAGCGACGGAUCACGUCCGCCAUUAUAGCUGAAGAAGAAACAAGGACACAUGUGAUCAAGAUAGAUGGGUACUCAAGAAUCAAGGAGUUGCUCAAGGAUGGCAAGUAUACAACAUCUAUCCCUUUCAUUGCCGGAGAUCAUAACUGGGCCGUGAGGUAUUUCCCAAACGGUAACAGCUACGCACAUGAUUACGAACCUGGGUACGUAUCUGUUUAUCUGCUUCUUGAUUCAGCUGGUGCCAAAGAUGUGAAGGCAAAGUUCACCUUCAGUGUUCUUGACAAGGGCGGAGAACCAGUGCCUUCAUACAUAAAAACUGUGGCACCACAUAUCUUCCCAAGCAAAGGUUCAGAUUGGGGUUUUGCUAAUUUUGUCAAGCAGAAGGAUUUGGAGGGAUCAGUUCAUCUAAACAGUUUCAGAAUCAGGUGCGAUGUCACUAUUGUGAAGAUCCGCAGCGAAGAGACGCAUGCAAUUCAGUUUGUUGUGGUUCCUCCAAGCAACUUGCAUCGGCAGCUCGGUGGCCUGCUGAAUAGCAACGAUGCGGCAGACGUGGCCUUUCGAGUCGGUGGCGAGAUAUUCUCGGCCCAUAGGUCCGUGCUCGCUGCUCGUUCACCGGUCUUCAAGGCGGAGCUCUUUGGUGCCAUGAGGGAGAAAUCUGGCGAGCCGAUCGAAAUUCAUGAUAUAGAAGCUGAUGUGUUCAAGUCCUUGCUCCAUUUCAUCUACACGGACUCACUCCCUGAGAGCACUCAUCAAGGUGCAACACAGGAAGAUGUAGUGACAGCUAGCCAUCUGCUUGUAGCGGCGGACAGGUACGACAUCGAGAGGCUGAAGCUGAUAUGCGAGGAUAAAUUGUGCAAUCAUAUUGACCCCAACAUGGUUGCGACUAGUUUGGCUCUUGCCGAGCAGCAUAACUGCCAUGGACUCAAAGAGGCUUGCUUUGGGUUCCUUGCUUCUCCUUCAAAUUUGGAGGCAAUGAUCUCAAGUGAUGGUUACCAACAUCUCAAAAGCAGUUGCCCAUCUGUUCUCAAAGAGCUCAUUGCUAGACUCUUGCCUGCUGAACUGAUGGCAGCCAAGGAUAUUGUCAGGUCAAUUUGA